AUGGGAUGAAAACCACGUGAUUGAUGAAACCACCUCACAUCAACGGAAGUCGAGCGACAAAUUUCCCUCUUUUAUUUUCUCUGCUUGAGGCAGCUCUCUACAGAGUAAGCAAUUUAUCUUGCCUACAGGUUGAGGGGCAAAGCAAAACAUCUUGACAUAAAAAUCAUUGUCACGAGUACCAACUUCUUGAUCAAUUUUCUAUAACUUCGAAAGACAAACAAGCUCUCCCCCAGAACGGCGAUUCUUGGUUCGAAGCUUCUGUCUCCUCAAUAUGCUUUGCGCCAAGUGCGAAGGCAUGCUAGAUCUCGACGUCUUCCCCACCAGCGAGACAUCGUACGACCACCACGAAAGCUACACAGCAUUAUGCGCCUCCGCAGCAUCCGGAUGUGAGCUAUGCCACUGCAUCAAGAACGAGUCAUCGCGCCGUGUACAGCUUGCAGAUGAUUUUGACGCAGGUCUACCGCCCGAGGACAGGCAAAUCCAAUGUUUUGCUUGCGACAGGAAAGAGAACAUUCGUGGCAUUUAUUGGGUUCGGAUUGGUCAACAUGCUCUAUUGAAGAAGCGUCCUGUGGACGUGGUUGAGGUUCACUUCCUCUGGGUAUUCCUUGCAUUUUGUGUCAAAGAAGAUGACCCAAUGUCGGAUCUUGUGAGAGGGAGGGUCAUGGAACAGAGAUCCUCCUCUGAUGCCAGUUUCAAGACAAUAGGAAAUUGGCUUCAGGAGUGCUUGGAAAAUCAUCCAAAUUGCUACAGAAGCCCAGACGCGAUGUUGCCCACGAGAGUUAUCAACGUCCAUUCUGCUACUCCUUUCCUCCAGGUCACACAAGGAGAGCGAGGAGCUUGGGUCACGUUGAGCCACUGUUGGGGCUCGAAACCACCUUUGACGACCACUACUGAUACGCUAUCCCUUCGAAGUCAAGGAAUUGCUUUGGAAAAUCUCCCACUUACAUUUCGGGACGCCGUUGAAAUCACUCGUCAACUUGGCUUCAAGUACCUAUGGAUCGACUCCCUUUGUAUACUUCAAGACAGUCGAGCAGAUUGGCUCGCAGAGUCAAGCGCCAUGAGAGAGGUCUACCGCAACGCAGUUUUGAAUAUCUCGGCAGAUGCAUGUCCAGAUACAGAAAAUGGUAUCUUUGCAAGUGCUGAUUCCCAGCGGCAUUUGAAUGAACCUGUCAUCACAUUGCCCUGUCGAAGUUCGAGAGAACAGAUCAAGGGCGAGGUCUCUCUCAUUAGAGGUGUACUCUCCUCGCAAAUCAAAACCCCACUCCAAGAACGUGCAUGGGUCCUUCAAGAAAGUACUUUCUCUCCACGCAGAGUCCGCUAUCUUGGUGAUGGGAUUCAAUGGUCAUGUGAGACGAUUCGUUCCUGCUCAGAAGAUGACCCUGCAAUGAAAAGGAUUAUUGGCCUCAAAACAGAUCCUCACAGUAUCUUUCAGAUGUCAAAAGUGGUGGGUAGCGGCGAUGAGCAGCUUGCCCGCCGAGAGGAGAUUCUUGGGUGGUGGUAUGAACGUCUGAAUGAUUACCUGGGUCGUCAAAUCACAUUUAUCUCGGACAGACUUCCAGCAAUUGCAGGUGUGGCCAAGGAGGUUGCUGAAAGGAUGGGGUAUAGGUACAGAUGUGGCCUGUGGGAAGAAGAUAUCCUGGGUGGCCUGCUCUGGGCGGCUCCAGGGGUAGGAGUUGAUCUCAGCAGAGGUCCAUCAUGGAGCUGGGCAAUCGUUGACUGCAAGGAGUUUGUGAGAGGACAUACAAGAGACGGCAUAUCAAGUGCUCAGCUACUCGAAGAUGCUCGAGCGAAAGUGUUUGAUGUUCAAGUCAAAAACAUCAAUAACGACCCUUUCGGACAAGCUGAGUCUGGCCAAGUAACCAUUGAAGGACCAUGGAGGAGCGUGGUAUGGCCUGAUAAGCCACCGCCAUUUCUGGAAACCUACAAGAAACGGCGUCAUAUCCUCGAACGGCAUCGUUUCAUAGACGUGUAUCGAUAUCGCUUCACAGAGCCAAGCCAGAUCGCUCUGGCUCUGGACCAACGUUUCGACGGCGCGGCCAUUGCAGCUGAUAUUCUUCCUCAAGAUGCAAUAUACCUCCAGAUCAACCGCUUUGGCAACUACGAUCUCCACCGCAGGGCUGAUGUGCGUGGGAUUCAUGCCUUGGUGCUUCAGCCCACUGGGAAUGCUGAGAAUGAAUUCCGUCGUAUCGGCAUGGCGCAGAUUCCGGAGGACGAGGGGAUGGCUGAUGAUUGGCCUUCGAGGAUUGUAGUUAUUGUCUGAAGAAUGGUCUAAUCGGAGAACCCAAAGUCAAAAUCCACCGUAUCAACACCAGAACAGACUUCCGGUCGAUAGUCUACUUUCCGGUAUGUUGAACUUGUCAAUUGGCUGGGACAUUGAAGCUGUUCCUAUGUGGGAAAGUCAGGUAGAAAUGUAACUGGACAUGGUUUAUGGUAGGGUGGAGCUGAACUUAAUUAGAAUUAGAGAUAAAGGCAUAAAGAGGAAAGAUCAUUGCUUGGAAGCGAACGACUAGAGCACCUAAGUUUGGUUGAAGUGACAUGAUUAAAAGCAUGUGACCAUUCGCCGGACUCUCACAUGCUAAUUUCAAGCGGAAGUAAUUUCAAACCGAGUGGAAAGAAUGAACGUGAGAUCUUACAUAUCACCAAAUCGUAGUCUUCACAACAAACAAGAUUGG